AUGGCGCCGACAAGCGCAAAUCUCUCGCCAGCCGAGCUGAGCUACCUGCACAAAUCCCUCUCACAAACACCACCCAUCCGCCCCGAUGGUCGCAGUCCCACUCAAUUCCGUCCCUUGGUCGCCGAAUCCGACAUCCUACCCUCAGCAAACGGUUCGGCGCGCAUUUGUUUCGCCGAUGGCACAGAAGCAGUAGUCGGCAUCAAGGCUGAAGUCGAGAAGAGCGCUGGCUACGGUCGCGACUAUGCUGGCGAGACGGAAAAAGACAAUGGUCUGGGCACAGCAGGAGGCGCAGAGAUUGAGAUGGGAGGCAUGGGUCAGGGAGAUGAGGGAAGAAAGGGAAGAGAUGCUUGGGUCGAGGUGCAGAUUGAGAUGGCUGGCUACAGAGACGACGAUCCGCUGCCCGUAUUCUUGGGCGCCAUGUUGCGCGAGAGUCUGCUGGCCACAGAAGUGCUGAAGGACCGCCUGUACAUCAAUCGCCGCUUCCACUGGCGUCUUUACAUUGAUAUUCUCCUACUCUCUGCCCCGCUAUCCUACCCUCUGCCUCUCCUCUCGCUGACGACACAUCUUGCUCUUCAACACACACAACUUCCAGCCCUCAUCUCGGAACAAGACGAAGACCCUCUAUUCAACGACGACUGGGACGUCGCCGUACCCCUCUACACAACAGGCCAGAAGCCUCCCGUCACAUUGCUCCUCGCCUCAAUAGGCCCUAACAUCCUCUUCGAUCCCAGCGGCGACGAACUCGCAGUCGCCGACGCAGUUGUUGCCGUCAGUGUCGCUCCAGCAGCUGAGAGACAACUUGCUGUCAUGGCCGUCAGAAUGGUGGACCCGCCAUCAAGGUUGACAGGUGCAGGUACGCCUGAUGUCCUCAAUACCGCUACCGGAGGUGCUGCACCAACAAAGGCAGAAGCUUUGGCAGUAAGGGAAACGGACAGCGGUGUUUGGAGACCGCCUAGGGGCGGCGUUGGCCGCAGCCUUGUUGCUCGUAUGAUCAAGAUGGUCGUCGAGAAGGGCGGUGUGGGCGAGGAAAUUCUCCAAGCAUUGGACAAGGUCGAUUCCUGA